AUGGAGGCGCGCUCCGUUGGUGAUGCUGCACGGCGUCUUUUCGAUCGGCGGCGAUUUCCAGCCGAGCCCCAGGUGGAGGACAACGAGGAUGCCCAGGCAAAGGAUAAGAAGUGUGGGAGAGCCAAGCAAGCCCGGGCUGCGAAGCUUUCCGCGGCAACAGAUUACCUGACGAGCGAGAAGGAGGCGGUUCAGGCGACUGUGGAGGGUUUUCACGAGACUCAGUACGAGCAGCACUUGAGACACAUCGUGGCAGAGUAUGGCGGCAGCUUCACACAGUCAAAGCCCGGCACUCCGCUGAUCUUCGCAGAGGCCGACGACAAGGUCAUGUACUUUGCCAACGAGAAAGUGUUCAUGGAAUGGCUGCUUGUGAACUACAAGUACGAGGACAAUACGAAUUUUGCGCUCUACAAGCGCAUGGCGAACAAAGCCCUGAAAACGGCCAAGGAGCAGAGUGGCCGGUCCUACUGCGCCUUGAACUUCGUGGAGGGCGACUCCAAGGAGAUGGUGCAGCUGGAGCUGUUUGAUCAGGAGGCGCCCGAGUUGGCUCAGAACUUCCUGAAGUUGCUGAGCCACGCAAAGUUCGAUGGCCAUCCAGUGCACAGAGUCAAGGCGGGCAGCUGGAUCCAGGCCGGGGACCUGGUGGAUGGCUCCGGCAAGCACUCGGAGGCUGCUGCUGGAGGCGCCCUAAGGCACGAAUCCUUCACAGUUCCUCACGACCGUCCUGGCCUGGUGGGCAUGUGCUGCCACGGCAAGGACACCAUCGGAUCCCAGUUCUACAUCACGCUGCGUGAGCUUCCCUUCUUGGAUGGGAAGUUUUGCGUCAUCGGCAGGGUGAUCAGCGGAAUGCGGACCAUCAUCCGGGUCGGCAAGAUGGCGACAAAGAACGAGCGUCCUGCGGAGGACGUCAAGAUCUUCGCCGAGCCGUCUAUGACUUUGCCCGCAGGUACACCUGCGCCAGAAUCGCCGCGAGGCUGA